AGAUGCGAGCGGAGUACAGUGGAUGGCGUUAUCGUUUCGCAAGGCAAAGUCCGCUGUGAUUGGCUAGCGCCGGUGGGCGGGGCCAAGCGAAGCCGACUUCCGAUUGCUGCGGGAGCCCUGAGCGGCGUUUGCGUCCUCCUCGGCUCCUCCCCCAGCUGGUGUUGGCAUCUCUCUCUAGAAGACCAUGCCUGUCCAGCCCUUGCCGAAGGAGAUGGAGGUGGAAGGAGAUUCGGCCGCAGAGAUGAAUGGAGAGGAAGAGAGCGAAGCUGACCACAGCGCUAGCCAGUCGGAAUCGGAAGAGGAGAGCUCAGAGAUGGAUGAGGAAGACUGCGAGCGGCGGCGCUUGGAGUGCCUCGAAGAAAUGCUGGACCUGGAGAAGCAGUUUUCGCAGCUCAAAGAAGUGCUUUUCAAGGAGCGCCUGAGCCAAGCAAAGGCGAAGCUGGAGGACGUGAUGUCCGGGAAAGCGGCCGAGUACCUGGACCCUUUGGGGGUCUUGCAGAACCACAUGCAGAUUCGGAUCGAAGUGGCCGGGAUCUACCGGGGUUUCUGCCUGGAAGUGAUCCACCACAGACAUCAAUGUGAAGCUCAGGGAGCGCAGCAACACUUGGAGAGUGAGAAGCUGCUGCUGUUUGACAGCCUCCAGGAGCGUCUUUUGGAACGGAUCCAGCGCUUGGAGGUCGACAGGCACAGCGUGGGCCUCAACUCAGAAUGGUGGGAUAACAAGCUUCGGCCGAAGCACAGUUCCAAGGACUGGGAUCCCCUCCGGCCUGGAAAGAGGAAGAAACCACCCUUGGUGUCCGGUCCGUACAUUGUCUACAUGUUGCGUGAUAUCGACAUCAUGGAGGACUGGACGGCCAUCAAAAAGGCAAAAGCUGCUGUGUCCCCACCGAAGCGGAAACUGGAAGACUCCCGCAGCCCCCUUCCCACCGGCCCAUGCCUCCCUCCGGGCGCAGUGAAGGUGGAGAAGCUGCCCUCCCCGGCCCUGUUCUCGGCGCACUGCGAAGAGGGAUGCCUCUGCUACGAAGGCGAGAACUACGUCAAAGGACAGAACAUUGCGUUGCGCGUUGGGGACGAAGCACCCGUCCAGGCCGUGAUCACCGCCAUCAGCACCGGGGAGGUCUGGCUCCGCAGGGAAGACGGCACCAAGACCAAAAUCUAUGUCUCCCAGCUCCAGAAGGGCAAGUAUUCGGUGCACAAGAUCUAGCUGCACACACGGCUAUGGACUAUGUCUCUCGCCACGUCCGGAGAGCAAAACAAGGCCUUUUGCAUUGUCCUCAAUACGAGAUUCGGCUUCUGUUUACGUUUGUCAAGUGUCUCAUUCCCCGCUCGGAACGAGGAAGUCAAGGAGCCAUUGCUUUUGCAGGCAGGUAUUUUUGCCCACGUUCAAAAAAAUAAAUCUGACGUCAACCACGA